AUAACAGAAGUCCGAAGCCUGUGUGCAUUAUUUGUGCCAGAACACGCAGAGAGCGAAGGAGGAUAACAAAGAAACCUUAACAGUGACAGCACAAGUGCUCGCACUUAUGGCUCUCUUUUUUAGAAACAACCGUAUUUGUUUGUUUGCAAUUACUUUUAAGGAUCUUUAACCCUUACUUUUAAAUUUGAUGUUUGGCAGAAAGUUGGUCUCCUGUGGAUAAGGUGUUGAUGGUCACCAGUCCUUUCCUGCAACCAUUGAUAGUGAUUGUUUAUUGGUGAAGUGCUCUCAUCAGAUACAAUCAUGGUGCUCAUUCUGGAUCGCCGUCUGAAUCAUGAGAACUCUGGUGGUGUGCCGGAACCACCGGCAAUCAAGCGUAAAGUCUUUGAGCUGGAGUCUAAGACCCUGAGCGAUGUGUACAACUUCUCUUCCGGUUCCUCUCACUCUGAGAGUGUCCUUCAGGUCUUCAACGAGUUCCGCGACAGCCGCCUCUUCACGGACGUGAUCAUUAGCGUCCAAGGUCGCGAAUUCCCAUGUCACCGUGCCGUGCUGUCGGCCUGCAGCAGUUACUUCCGUGCCAUGUUCUGCAACGACCACAGAGAGAGCCGUGAGAUGCUUGUGGAGAUCAACGGCAUCCAGGCUGAUGCUAUGGACACAUUCCUGCAGUAUGUUUACACCGGUCGUGCCUGUAUCACCACCCACAACGUCCAGUUCCUCUUCGAGACCUCCAGCCUCUUCCAGAUCAACACACUGCGGGAUGCUUGUGCAAAAUUCCUGGAAGAGCAGCUGGACCCGUGCAACUGCCUCGGGAUCCAGCGUUUUGCAGACGCUCACUCUCUUAAACAGCUAGCCAGUCGCUGCCGUGCUUUCGCCCUGUUGAAUUUUCCAGAAGUUGCUCAGCAUGAGGAGUUUCUAGACCUUCACAAGGAUGAGCUGCAGGAAUACUUGGCCAGCGAUGAGCUGUCCAUUGGCAGGGAGGAGGUGGUGUUUGAGGCGGUGAUGCGUUGGGUCUACCAUGGCGUGGAGUACCGCAGACCCAUGCUGAAAGAUCUACUACAACAUGUCCGACUGCCUCUCCUGCACCCAAACUAUUUUGUACAGACAGUGGAAGGUGAUAAAUUGAUCCAGAAUGCUCCAGAAUGUUACCAGCUGCUGCACGAAGCACGUCGCUAUCACGUACUUGGCAAUGAGAUGAUGUCGCCACGAACCAGACCCCGCAGGUCUACUGGUUUCUCUGAAGUCAUUGUGGUGGUGGGAGGCUGUGAGCGAAUGGGGGGUUUUAAUCUGCCGUACACAGAAUGCUACGACCCUGUGACGGGAGAGUGGACAUCUCUUGCUAAACACCCCGAGUACACAAAGUCUGAGUAUGCAGUGUGUGCCCUCCGCAAUGAUAUCAUUGUGUCAGGUGGCCGCAUCAACAGCAGUUAUGUCUGGAUGUAUAACUCUCAGCUCAACAUCUGGAUCAGAGUGGCCUCUCUUAAUAAGGGUCGAUGGAGACACAAGAUGACCGUCCUACUGGGGAAGGUGUAUGCAGUUGGAGGUUAUGAUGGGCAGUCUUGUCUCAGUAAUGUGGAGGUGUACGACUCAUUCUCCAACCGCUGGACUGAGGUGGCCCCCAUGAAAGAAGCCGUCUCCUGCCCGGCGGUCACCAGCUGUGCGGGAAAGCUUUUCGUCAUUGGAGGAGAACCCUAUGAAAACAGCUGCUCCAAUAAUGUCCAGUGUUAUGACCCAGAGUCAGACAGCUGGCAGCUGAAGGCAUGCAUUCCUUUCACCAAACCCAAUAUCUCUGCCGUUUCUCUCAAUCACCUCAUCUACGUAUGCGGUGGCCUCACCAAGUCCAUCUACUGCUACGAUCCUUCACAGGACCACUGGAUGCACGUGGGCCACACCUUCAGCAGACAGGAGAGUUGCGGUAUGUCCAUUUGUAAUGGAAAGAUCUACAUGCUGGGUGGACGGGGAGAAAACGGCGAAACCUCUGACAAUGUUGUGUGCUACGACCCGGCCUCUGGCAUCAUCACAUGCACGGCUGCAAUGCCUCGUCCCAUCUCCUACCAUGGCUGUGUUACCAUACACCGUUUCAGCGAAAAACAACACAAACCCUGAAAGCAUCUGCAAACACCCAUCUAGACUGUCCCAAACAUGGAGCUGUAGACUCUUACAUGCACAUCAACUUUGCAUCACUUAUAUUGAGUGCACUGAUAUUUUUUCUAUAACUUACGCAGUUAACAUGUAUACAUCUACAUGCACUGUAGGCGUAGAUCUUUGUUUAACUGUUACAGUUGAUUUCAUCAUCAUGCCACUGCCACAGCUGUUGUUAUCUGUUAGGAAACAGUCAAUAGACUUUUUUUCUGAAACAAGGAAGUAUAUAAAACAUUACCUUCCUCAUAAGUGAAAUACAUUCAGAGAAUGAGUCAGAUCUGAGGGAGUAAUCACCUUUGAUAUCCUGUAUUGACUCAAAAAAUGCACACUAUUUUUCUUUCUUUCUUUUUUAAGAUUUGUUUUGUAAUCGUCCCCCCCACACACACGUUUUUUUUUUUUAUUUUGAAAUAUGCAUUUGUUUAUGCUUUUAACUUUUUAUUUCUUUUUUAUUUUGUAGCAUUAUUCUUGAAUUUUGACAAUGUUUGUAAAGUCUGCAGACAGAAACUUAUUUUAGGUUCAGGCUUGGGGUGAUUUUAAUGUGCUUUUUACAUCAUAUUAUGCUUCUAGGCUUAUUAACUGAAAGAAAGCACUUAAAUACUACAUCGGACAUGCUGUAUGAGGUUUUCAUGAGGAGGUUUUUGCAUUCGAAGCAUUUGAAAACCUAAGGCUGGAAACCGCACACCUCAGUGAUGGACAGCUCUGAUUUUGGUAAAUGAAUUGUCACGUCAGGUUCUUAUAGGUUCUUGAAGAACCGUACAGCUGUGAAACUGUGAAAAUCUGUAUUUUAGAAUCUCCUUAUCAUUAGUGUGACAACCAGGACGUGCCUUUCUGAUCUUUUUUUUUUUUUUUUUUUUUUUUUUAUCAGAGCCCCAAUCAUGCACUUGUAUGUAUUAGUGUUAGUAAUAUAUGGCAAUGUAAAUACAUUCUACUCAUUUAAUGUUAUGUGUGUUAUUUUAUGUUGUGGUUUGUAAACAAUCUCACAGCUGUAGAUAGCAUCUGAAUUUUUGAGUUGGACUGCCAGAAAUUCUCAUGUUUGCGUGUAUGGUUGUGCGUGUUCAAAUUAACCUGGAACUGUUUUUGUCUAUAGCAGUAAGAUAACUUCAGUCUCUACUCUAGUACUUAUCAGUACGGGAAGCGGACAUUUACAUGUCAAAAUAAUUUGUGGAAUUCAUCUGACUAUGUCAGGCAGGAUGCUGGCAGCUAGUUUACCCAAAGCACUGCGUCUCCUGCAUUUCUGCCUGCAAUGACAAAAAUAUAAGUGUGUCUGUACAUACUUAUUUAUAUGUUUUCAUAUACAUAAUGUUGAUUUUGUCCUUCAAUCAUUUUUAUUAUUACCAGCUAUACUGGUCUAUACUUUUUGUAAAUGUUAUUUUGCCAACAUACUGUAUGUUCCAUUAUGCUAUUUUUUUUUAAAAAAAAUAUCUGACAGUUUUUCAAACCCAGCUUUAUAUUGUUUGUCUGGGUUAGAUGUGGUGUUUUGUAGGAUUGUAUGGACACAGUUGAUCCAAGCUUUGAGUUGGUUUUCAGCUCAUUCAGAAGUAUAACCUGGUAUUUUUGUGGCAGUAGAAAAUCCUAAAAAUGCAGUUUUGAACCAUUUCAUUUCAGUGGAAUGAAACCGUAGCUGUAAUUGUGCCUGAGUCCAAAGCAUAAGAAAUAUUGGACAUGUUUCAAAUAUAACAAUAAUAAUAUACCAUACUUUGUAAAACUGCAAAAGUGCCUCAAUAAAAAAAGUUCAUUUGCAA